AGCGCAGUAUCGAGAGUCAAGAUUCUCCGGUCGCUGACUCAGUUUGACUCGAAUGCUCGCGUGAAGUAGUUUACACUUUGUUUUUCUUGCGUCAGUAAAGCCAGUUUCCUUUAUUUCUCCAAUAAUUUUCGAAAGUAUGCACGUGCUAAUACGAUAGGGUAAGUUGGAAGAAAUCGAAUACUACGUUGGAACCGUUAUCAACGCGAUUCUUCCUUACAUAGACUUUUUCAAAGUGUUUUCAACGUUUGGUAGUACAAAGUACACGAUCACGACGAGUGUACCACACUUGGCGAAUUUCUCAAGCUUUCUACCACGACAACGAAAUCACGGACCGUAUUUUCGAAUAGAUCUAGUAAGAGCAUUUAAAGGACGCGGUACAUCGUGAUUCCCAGGAGGUCACGUGACGUUGAGUCUUAUUGACCGACGUGUAUCGGAACCUGGAUUGGCCAGGUCUGAACACGUGACCUAUUCUAACGUCAAUUUGGGCUACCGUCUGCUGGUAGUCGGCUGAAUUUCUUACCGAAGUAUUCUCAAGAACAAAGAAUUCAAGUUUUAGCCGAAUUACGGAAGUGUAUUCUGUUGAAUAGACACAGUUCUUUUCUAAUUUUCAACGUGUAUUCGUCAAAUCGUUAAUUUCGAUGCGCAACUUCCACGAUAAAUUGAUCGUAAAUUUGUAAUCGAAGUAUUUGCCCGGCUACAAAUUUUUGACAGUUCUCGACUGUCUUGUAACUCGUAACAGUGACGGUUGUAUUGUGUGAGUCGUUAAAAAUCGUGUCAUUUAAUUGAAAGGCAAUUCAGUUGCAGUUUUCGAUUCGCUCGAGCAAGAAACAACGAAUUUUCUCAGUUUUACGGUUGCCAUCGAAAAACAAUGUCUCGAUGUGGUUAAGUCACCCUUCAAAUCCGAUAUUUCCAGACACGAUGUCUUUCUUCUCGAAAGACCUUUAAACAAAUACGGGUGUUCAGUGUCGCGGCAACUUUCCAGUAUCUUGUCACGCACGCAUCACUGCAACGCGGUGAAAUAUCCUAACGGAAAUACAUUUUUAGAGUGGUUUGAGACUAUACGUUAGUGUACAAUGUACAGUAUGAACUACAUUGGCAAGUUCAUAAGUAACUUUCGCGUUUUCUACAAUGAGAUCAAUGCAGCAACGCUGACCGGUGCUAUCGAUGUCAUCGUUGUUGAACAACCGGAUGGAUCGUUUACUUGCUCACCUUUUCACGUUCGCUUUGGAAAGCUCGGAGUACUUCGUUCCAGAGAAAAAAUAGUGGAUAUAGAAAUAGAUGGAGAACCUAGACAAAUCCAUAUGAAAUUAGGAGAUUCUGGAGAAGCUUUUUUUGUCGAGGAAGUUAGUUCUCAUGGUUCACCGACUGACGCUGAAAUUCCACCUCAUUUGGCUUGUUCCCCUAUCCCUGAAGACAAUUGUUUCCCAUCAUCUAGAUUUAAUAUUCUUUCUGAUCUUCCUCCAGAGCAAACGGAUAAAAUCCUUAUAGAAUCUAUCUUGUCUACUGAAAGAGAGAAAUGGGAGCAAAUGUCAGCUUUGCCUCCGGAUGAAAGAGAAAAAUUCUUAAUCGAACAAUUCUCUGAUCUUCCAUUGGAGCACCGUGCAAAAUGGCUCCAAAUUGCUGCUUUAUCUUCAGAAGAGAGGGAAGAAAUAUUGAAGGAUAAUUUUGGUGAUAUCUCUACAGUCCAAAAGCAACAACUAAUUUGCAAACAGUAUUCUGCUCUAAAAAACGAAGAUAAAGAAAGAUUGUUCAAAGAAAAUUUUCCAGAACUCCCUAUAGAACAGAGACAAAAAUUUGAGAAAGCUCUAUUAAGCGACUGGAAGGAAGAAAAAGAAGAAACACGAGAUUCCUUAAAAGGCGAGGAAGAAAUUUUUAAUAUGGAUGGUAUUAAUGAUGAUGAAACGUGUACAACUGCGUCCACGCCUAAAUCUUUUGUAGCUGUAACUUCGUCUGAAAGAAUUCGUAAAAUUAGCGUUGUGAAGAAUGAUUUUAGACCAAUUACGGAGGAUGUGCAAAGUAGCGGCAGUAGAGAAAAAUCGAGUGACGAAUCGAACGUGUCCAUGAGUAAAAAAAAUUCAAAGGACGCGAGUGUCGAAGAAAACAAAAGCAAUACCAAUGCAAGUAAGAAGAAACGGAAGAGGAAAAGCAUUUUGAAAAAAAAAGGAUCUCAGAGAAAGACUAGCAAUGGCAGCAGUAGCCAGACGGAAAUAAGCGAGAACGACGCGUCCAUUCCGGAUGAAAUUCUUACCGAAUCUUUAAAGAUAUUGAAGGAUUCAAAUCCAGCUGUAGAAUUGGGGAGAAAAGAUGAACCUAUAGUUUCAUCUCAGGAAACAACAGAUAAACGUCCUGAAACAGAUUUCCAUUUCUUCAGUGAUACUGAAAUUACAAAGAAUCAGGAUUCCAGGCCAUGUUCACCUGUUCAAUCUGACACAGAGUUUGAAAUGCGUAAAAUAACGCAAGAAGGUGCUGAAAGAGAGGAAGAUAAAAGUCAUCAACAGAGUUGGAGAUGGGGUGAAUUGCCCAGUUUGCCUCCAGAAUCCACACACGCACCUCACAGAAGUUCAUUGAGUUCAUCAAAUGCUGUUAAUCAACCGAAUAGUAUGGAAGCGCACCGAUCUAUGCUCAGUGGUAUGUUAUCGUUUAUGCGGAAAACUUCUCGUGUAAGACGUAAUCCAGAAUCAGAAGGGAUUUAUCUUAGUGAUCUUAAUGCUGACGAACUGGACCCGGAAGUUGCAGCUCUCUAUUUUCCUUCCUCUCACAGAGGCCAAGCAGCAGUUAAAAAUGGGAAAGGAGUAGACGAAGAAGAUACAGAGUCAGGCAAUGGACCAAGCUUGCCACAAAGCCCUAACAGCGUUGAAGGAGCUAUCGGUGGACCAAAGUCAUUGGAUAGUGACUUUGAGGAACCAAAACAUUCUAUAUUUGAUGGCAAUAUGAAUAUUAGUUUAUCCUUAUGCGGUGGUUUAGAUUCUGAAACUGGCCCAUCCAAAGAAGUUUUCCAUCAAAAUUUGCUCCAUUUCGAAGAUAUCUGUUCAGAUCCAAAAUUAUAUGAAAAUCCAAAUUUAGUUGUAAAAAUUAAUGGAAAAUUCUAUAAUUGGGCGGCCGCUUGCCCGAUUGUAAUGACUUACGCUGUAUUCCAAAGACAUUUACCACAAAGUACAAUAGAAAAUUUAUAUGCUCAAUGUAUGUCGUUACCGAUGCAUGAAGAGAAAAAACAAGAAAGCAGUGACAAACCCGAAAGCCGUAGUGGUUAUAGUUCGUGGUUUUCAUGGAGACGUUCUGCACAACCAACCAAAAAGUCUCAAGACCUUAGUCAAACUGAUGGAGUCGUUGUACAAUCGGAACAGACGGAAACCAAAGAAAAUACUCCAGUUGAUGAAACUGCAAAUAGGGAAUUAAAGAUUGACCAGAAUGCAGAUUCUAUAACGACGGUGACGGAAACGGUAGAACAAUCUGCAAAAUUAACGAAAGACAUCGCCAAGAUUGAGAAAAAUCGCGACAGAGAGGGUGAAGGUUAUAGUGGUAGUGAAGAUUCUGAUAGUAAUCAAAACCAAUCACAAGGAGUCAAAAUACCUAAAGAGAGAAGAUCGUAUUAUGAAUCUACUGAAAAAUAUCGUAAAACUUUGAGAUUGUCAUCAGCACAGAUAGCAAGUCUUAAUUUGAAAGACGGAGCUAAUGAAGUAGUUUUUAGUGUAACUACAGCUUAUCAGGGCACAACACGUUGUAAAUGUCAUAUUUACAAGUGGAGAUGGGACGAUAAAAUUGUUAUCUCUGAUAUAGAUGGAACUAUUACAAAAUCUGAUGUAUUAGGCCAUAUUCUGCCAAUUGUUGGCAAAGAUUGGGCUCAAUCCGGUGUUGCUCAGUUAUUUACAAAAAUUAAAAAUAAUGGUUAUAAAUUGCUGUAUCUUUCUGCAAGGGCCAUCGGACAAGCCAAAGUUACGAGAGAAUAUUUGAAAAGCAUUAGACAGGGAGAUUUAUCACUCCCUGAAGGGCCAUUGCUUUUAAAUCCAACGAGCUUAAUUUCAGCAUUCCAUCGUGAAGUUAUAGAGAGAAAACCUGAAGAAUUUAAGAUAUCCUGUCUUAGUGAUAUUCAAGCUUUAUUCCCAGAAGGUUCAAAACCAUUUUAUGCUGGUUACGGAAAUCGAAUUAAUGACGUUUGGGCGUAUCGAGCUGUAGGAAUUCCAACUAUGCGUAUAUUUACUAUAAACCAUAGAGGUGAAUUAAAACACGAAUUGACGCAAACAUUCCAAUCUUCAUAUUCAAACAUGAGCUUUAUUGUUGACCAUCUUUUCCCAGCAUGGCGAGAAGAGGCUGCAGAUGAAUUUAGUAAUUUCGCAUAUUGGCGAGACCCAAUACCAGAAGUACCAUCGCUUGAAGAACUUUACGCUCAAAAACAAAUUACCUAAGUGAAAAUAUUUUACAUAUUUACUCUGCAGAAGAAAUGGAUACAUUUUAUUUGUAAUUUGAUAAUAAUCAAUUCUAUUAAUCAUCUUUUAUAUUUCAUAUGGUAUAGGACAUAUUCAGACGUAGUGAUUCUUGACUUUCAAAUAGAUGAGACUCGGAAGUAGAUUUACACCGUAAUGUAGGCUUUAGUAGUCAUGUUUUGUUUGUCGAACGCAAGAUUCUAAGGAACACUAAAUACGUAUAAAAGUAAUUUAUCAUCAUUUAUAAAUGAUACGUGGAUCAGUGUGUAAGAAAGGUAAUCUGUCUUUUACAAUUGAAUUUAAACACAUUCCAAUUCUCAUAGUGUAAUAGGACUAUGUUGUCAGUUAUCAAAGACAUUAAAUUAGUUUUCAAUAUAAUUUAUAGCAAAAUUAUCAUUUAGAGAGCACGAUAUGAGUGCUUCAAUAUACAUAAUUAAAGGACUCAUCACGUCAUAAUACGCUUCAAGAAGAGUUCAAAGCAGAUCGCUUACACGCUGUGCUUCAGAUAAUCCGUAGAUUAUUCCACUAAAUAUACAUUAUGUUGCUGGUCGAUAGUUGAAAACAUUUAUGAUACCGAUGAGUAAUUUCGAUGUGGUGAUAAACCUGUGUAUAAAAUGAUUUAUUAAUGCGUUUAUAUAUAUCAUGCUAGAAAGUUCCGUUUAUUAUUAACAGAAAACAGUAUAAUGUAAUUCGUACCACUACUACUAUUUUUUCCAAUAUACAUCUCGUUUAAUUUCACAAAAAAUUUCUGGCUUUUAGAAACGUUUAACCGUAACUAUUCUAGCAUAUAAAAAUCUAGUGUAUUAUAAUAUUAUUUAGAUAUUUAUAUAUUACUUCAGCUAAUAUAUUUAUCGAACAUUUCGUUAAAUUAAUUCUUAUUUAUUUUUAUAUGAGAUCUCUGUUAAAUUAAUGUGCUGUGAAAUUGCCAUAUUCUAGAACGUAAUCAUUUGUGUAUUGUGAUAUAAUUCGAACAACUUACUAACGGGGUCAGGACGAUAACAGUGUAUAAAAGUGAAUUCGUUAUUUGCACUAACAAUGAGAAAUGUUUCUAUCUGAUGUUUCUAUAUAGUUUCAUAUACGAAGUUAUUGUUUCUUCAAACUAUGUACAAGUUCUAUUUUAUAACGUAAACGUGUUGUUGAAAUUUUGUUCUUUUUCUUCUUUUCUUCUUUUCUUGAUAGUAACAUAUUCUAUGCCUAUGUCUUUCAAAACGUAUCAUCUAAAGAUAGUUAAGUAUAAAGGAUGUUAGUAAAGUAGUAUAGAUUGCCGUUUUCUGUUAAUGAAAGUACCAUAAUAACAUGAGAGAAAGUGAUGAUCUUAAUAUUUCUUAACUAUUGUCAGUAACAUGCAAGAAUAUAAUUGCGUUCCACCAAAGAAAAUAGAACCGAAAAUAUUUUCAGUUUAGAAUAUAUUUCGUAUUUUAAAUGUGUACUAUUAGAAUAUGAUGUUAGAGAUAUAUUAUUUGAAACAGUUAUAGUAAAGAAGAUCGAUAUCCUGACGCUAACCACACAAUGAUAGUGCUAGUAGAUGCAAAUUACUUGACGGUGCAGUAUUGUAUUUUAAUGACAUUUAGUUUAACGCAAAAACAUUUCCUGGUUGGUUAUGAACUAUUCCUCAGAAAAAAAAGGAAGGAAACACGAAAAAAGGAGAAUGAACUAUAAGAAAAAUGUAAUACAGGAAAUGACAAUAUUUUUUCUGUACCAUUUACAAGUCUUUAUCAUAAGUUUGCUAUCACUUUGUAAUAGCAAAGCAAUGUAUAUUGAUUGUUAUUAAGUUUAUUAUUAUUACUAUUUUGUUACUAUGUUAUUAUUUUGGUAUGAUAUAUAUAUAUACGAAAUCAAAUGUAUUUAAUUUUUGGUAUUAUUUUAUUGCUUCUCUUGAGCUUAUUUACUUUUAGAGAGUACAAAUAAAUUUAAAUUUUAUUUUAAA